AUGUUUUUAAUUCAAGUUUUGGCAACGAUACUUUAUGGGAGCGAUAAUAUUACUUUAAAUAAUACUCAAAAAAUAAACAAAAUUCAACCUUGGGACGGAAAUAAAUUUUUUGAAAGAAAAAAUAAUUUGGGUCUUCUAAUAACAUUGUUAGCAAUUGUUUUGGGCAUUGGAAUAUGUUCGUUAUGCGCAACAUGUUUAGUCAAACAUUAUAUUACAACAAACGAUAUUAAAAACUUGAAGAAAAAGAGAGUUGCGAGUGUUCGAUAUAUUCACAAACAAAGCAUUACUAUUUAA